GAUUGGGUCAAUGUCUGCCGUCUGGUGCUGCGUCCGCCGUCGUUUCCAAAAUGGAGACACAGCCGCGUCGAACUCGUGAUUAAAACACGAUUUACGAACGACCCAAGACGAAAGCUCGCUUUCCGCCGACGACGACGACCAGCGCCGUUCGUUUCGGCCGCCCAAAUUUAGUAUAGAUUCCCGUCGGAAAAAAGUCGAACUAUAAUAAAAUAUUAUUCUCGUCCGUUUCUCCCGCGGUCGAGGAGUUUGGUCGGUCCGUUAACACCAAGCCGCGGUCUGCGUGUGCGCGCGCUCGCGUGUGUGUGUGUACCCGUGUACCGUGUUUGAGUGUGCGUGCGCGUACUGCGUACAGUCCGUCGUCGUUUUCCAAUGUGCUGCUCUGCCGCCGCCGCCGCCACCACUACCCUCAGGUAGUAGCGUACACUAGCGUAGUAUGUGGGCCGCGAACCAGGCCAGAUAGGCGUAUCAGAAAAAUUUCUUCUUUUUUUUUUUUUUAUCAAUAAAAAAAAGUGCGGAGCAAUAAAUCACGUUUCCUUUUCUCGUUCCGUUUUGUACGGCACACAUUUUCCAUUACCACCCGUGUGUGUGUAUUUACGCGGAACUCGCGAGUUCUCACGAAUUAUGUAAAACCGAAGAGCAGCCCCCCGCCGCACACUUGGUCGACGACGCCGACGACGACUGCUGUCUGCUACGAGACGACGACGACGACAACGACGACGGUUGAUAAAAGAGCUUCUCCGAGAAGAGAACUCGACGACGAUUUUCACACCACCCGCCGGUGGACAUGAGCGGAAGGCCCAGGACCACUUCCUUUGCUGAAGGAAAUAAGACUUCUCCGAAUCCUCCUCUGGGCGGAAUUAAAGUCAUAAGUAAAGAUGGCAGUAAAGUCACUACAGUUGUGGCUAAUCCCUGCCAGGGACCAGAUCGACCCUUGGAGGUGUCGUAUACAGAUACAAUGGUUAUCGGCAAUGGAAGUUUUGGUGUUGUAUACCAAGCUAAAUUAUGCGAUACAGGAGAAAUGGUUGCUAUUAAAAAAGUUCUUCAAGAUAAAAGAUUUAAAAACCGCGAAUUACAAAUAAUGAAACGCCUAGAUCAUUGUAACAUAGUGAAAUUGAAAUUCUUCUUUUAUUCAAGUGGUGACAAGAAGGAUGAAGUUUAUCUAAAUUUAGUUUUGGAAUACAUACCAGAUACUGUAUAUAAAGUUGCUCGUCAUUAUAGCAAAUUAAGGCAAACAAUUCCGAUUAACUACAUAAAGCUGUACAUGUACCAGUUAUUCCGAAGCUUGGCUUAUAUUCACUCAUUAGGGAUAUGUCAUCGUGAUAUUAAGCCUCAAAAUUUGUUAUUAAACCCUGAAACAGGAGUAUUGAAAUUGUGCGAUUUUGGCAGUGCUAAGACUCUUAUCAAGGGUGAACCUAAUGUAUCCUACAUAUGUUCAAGAUACUAUCGAGCACCUGAACUGAUAUUCGGUGCUAUAGAUUACACUACAAAAAUUGAUGUAUGGAGUGCUGGUUGUGUAUUAGCUGAACUUAUGUUAGGUCAGCCAAUCUUCCCUGGAGACUCUGGUGUUGAUCAAUUAGUGGAAAUUAUAAAAGUCCUUGGCACACCAACAAGAGAACAGAUUAGAGAAAUGAAUCCCAACUAUACAGAAUUCAAAUUCCCACAGAUCAAAUCUCAUCCUUGGUCAAAGGCGUCAUUUGUAAAGGUUUUCCGUAUGCGGACACCAGCAGAAGCUGUAGAAUUGGUGUCAGUGUUACUUGAAUACACUCCAUCACUUAGGGUGUCUCCAUUACAAGCAUGUGCUCAUGCAUUUUUUGAUGAGCUAAGAGAUCCGCUCCAUAGAUUACCAAAUGGACGAUCAUUACCUCCACUAUUCAAUUUUACACAAUUAGAAUUGAGUGCAGCUGGGUCUUUGAAAUCUGCUUUGAUACCCAAGCAUUUAAAAGAUUCUGUAGGGAGCGGAAAUGAAGCAUCUGCAGCUAGUGGUGGUCCAUCUACUCCAGAGAAUAUUAAUCCAGACAGUCCAAAUCACCCUUCUUCAUCGACUACUUCCAGGCAACCUUCAAAUGAAAUAGUUUAAAAGUGCGACCAAAAAAUGCCUUGGCAAUCAAACCACUCACAAACAUAUUAAGGUAAUAUAUAUGUACACCAAAAAAAAACUUAUUACAAAUUCAUCAUAUCUGUAUCGUUUUAUGUAUUUAGUUUUAAAAAAAGUACAGUCUAAGGUUGUCAACUUUGUUCUUAGGUAUAUUUGUUGAUACCUAAAAUCACCUUAUGAAAUGAAUGAAUUACGCAAUUUUAAAACAUUUUUAAGCUCAUUUUCAAUAAUACUAACAACCAUUUUUUUUCUUUUUGUUACAAACUUAAAACAAAAUUAUUGGAACUAAUAAUCAGUCUUAUUUUAAUCAAAUAUUAUUAUGUUGUUGUUUUUUCCUUUUUUAUGGUAAGGUAUUUGUUUUUUUUUCUCAGAGGAUCUCGUCAAACGUGUAGCCUUUUAAAAAUGAAAUUCAGAUUUUGAUUUAGUUCCCAAUUACUUGCCUUUUGUGUUAUUUUUAAGUCCAAAGAUAAUUGUAUAAACAAUUAAAUGUGUUAAUAUAUACUAAAAUAAACUCGUGUAAAUAUAGUGCAAAUUCUUAUGGUUUUGUAGUGUAUUUUUUAUGUUUGUAAGUGAUGUGCAUUCUUUGAAGGGGUAGGACUAAAGCUUUUAUUCAAUCAUAAUACAUAUUAAUACAAUUGUAGAGUACCUAAUUGUUAAUUUCAUAAACUACAAAUGAUUUGUAUAACAUAAAAUUGCAGGUGUUUAAAAACUUCUAUUGCAUUGAUAAUUUUAUUUUAUUUUUGCAUACCCAACGUUCCUGUUUUUUUUUUUUGUAGACAACUUAAAUAUUAAUAUAUAUUAUGAUUUCUAAAAUUCUAAUAAAAAUAAAUCAUUCAUAUUAUUAUUUAUUCAGAUAAUCAAUAUUGUUAGUAUAUUAUUAUUUAAAUAUAAUAUGUACCUAUUUAUUGUACCUUGAAAAAAAAACCCAUACACUUAUAAUUUAUUACUUUUAACAAAAUUGCAUCUAUUUCAUAUUGGGGUAGCAUUAAUUUAAAUUCAACGAUUAUAAUAUUAUAUUAGUUAACAUAAAACAAAAACCUUUUGUAAUAUACUGUCCUUUAAUAUCUUUUCUUUAUUUUAAUAAAAUAUUUUUUAAUGGGUUUAAUGUAUAUUAUUUGUGAAAAAAAUUUUGUUUUAUUGUUCAUAAUAGUUGCAAUCUAUUAAUAAUAAAUGGAAAAAAAUUUGUCAAAAAUAAAACGUUCAUUCCAAUGUAUAAAUGUUUUAAUUUUAUUAAUUAUAUAAUAUAUAAAUUUUUUUUUAUUUGACGUGUAUAAUAUUAGUUAAUCCAAACUGAUUUUUUUUUGUCAUACUCAAGGGUUCCUCUCUUUUCUCAAGACUAACGAGUAUUGGAAAGAAAACACGCUUUUUAAAUUAAAGUAUAUUUUUAAUUUUAGUCAUCAAUUUGAAAUUGUUAAAUAAUAAAAAUCAAAUGUAAUGACUAUUCAAAAUUAUGUACAAAUUAGUUACUAUCACAUGCAAAUUAUGUUAUUGGCACGUAUUCCCAAUUAAUAAAAAUCAACGCAUAUAACAUAGAAGCCCGUAAUUUAAUUUUAACAUAAAUUAGUAUAUAUUUAAUUAUAUAGCAACCCAAAAUUGUUUGGCAAAAUGUUCUACAAAAAUAUUGCGCUUUUGGCGUAUUAUGUUAUUAUAACAUAAUUUAUUUAUAUGUAUAAUAUGAUAAUAAUAAACCCAUCGCGUUUAUGCCAACGACCAUACUUGUUCAUACGUGAAACUGAAUAUUAUAUAACCAAGUACAUAAAUGUUUUUUAUGCUUAAACAAAAAAAUGAAAAUAAAAAUAAACAAUAUACUGAUGCAGCUGUUGCAUAGGUACAAUAUUAGUUAGAGCUCAAUGUUGUCAUAAUAGAGAACAAUUAUUUUAUUAGAAGCUCUGUAUAACUGUGUAAAAGUGUAAAGUAUUUAACAAUAAUAUUGUAUAUUCAUAAUAUAUAAAUGUAAAACUUGCAUAGAUAUGAUUAUAUAGUUUUGUGGCUAGUUAAACAUAUACAGUAAUAAUACCUAUGUUGUUUUUUUUUAUUAUUAUUUAAUUAUACAAAUUGUACAAUGUGCAAGACUAUUAAUACUAACUUUGAUUUUUAUUUCAAUUGGUUGUUUUUUUUUGUAUGUAUAUUUAUAUAUUUAUGUAUAUAGAUACAAAUAUAUAAAUAUAUAUAUAUAUAUAUGUAUAUUGCAUAUGUAGUGUUUCUUUUUUGAUAUUAUAUGAAAACCAUUCAAAUUGUAUACAAUUAAAAUUAUGUUCUUGUCUCUCUACAUAUUUUUCUGUGGUAUGUAUUAAUGUAUCAUUUAUAUUUUAUAUUAUACUUACAUGGACUAUCUAUAUCCUAAAAUAAAUUAUUGAUUUUGCA